AUGAAUUUUAAAGAAUUCUUCUCACUGUUAAAGUAUAUUUUAAUCACUCGAUUACCGAGACACAUUGAUGAUAUGAAUACUGUAAUAAAUGAAUUUUUGAAAAAAUGCAAAUCUACACAAUACACAUCGUUAGAUGUACUUGAUGAUCUAAUGAAUUGUGAAUUAAUCAAUCUAAUCAAAACAAAUUUAGAUAUAUUUCAUACUGCUGUAAAAAAUCCCAACUUAUGGAAAGAGUAUUAUACAAGUGAUACUGAUGCAUCAAAUUGGAUACGUGUACAUGACUUUUGUAUGGUGAUACAAAUUAUGAAACAAUUUAUUCAACAUCCUGUUGUGAAAAUUCUAAAGCUUUGUAAUGAUAUAUUAAAAUCAUUUUUAGAAAGUUUUUAA